GGUUCCAAAUUUAAGAUGCCUUCUAUACCCAAGGUCUCCAUGCCUGAUGUAGGCUUAAAUGUAAAAGGCCCUAAACUAGAGGGAGAAUUGAAAGGACCCAAAAUUGAUAUGAAAGGGCCGCAGGUUAAUGUAGAAGUUUCAGAUGUUGAGCUAGAGGGACCAGAAGGGAAACUGAAAAUGCCAAAAUUUAAAAUGCCUAAGUUUGGGUUUUCUGGCUCAAAAGUGGAUGGUAAAGAUGUAGAUAUUAAACUUCCAGAAGGAGAAAUAGAUGUAUCAGGACCAAAGGUGGACAUCGGUGCCCCAGAGUUAGACAUACAAUGCCCAGAGGGAAAAGUGAAAGAUCCCAAAUUUAAAAUGCCGUCACUGCAUAUGCCCGAUAUAGACUUCAAUCUUAAAGGUCCCAAAAUGGAAGGUGAUUUAAAAGGCCCCAAAGUUGACAUUAAGGCUCCAGAAGUAAAUCUUGAGGCUCCAGAUGUAGAUGUUGAUGGAAAGGUGAAAGGUCCCAAAUUUAAGAUGCCUUCUAUGCCCAAGGUCUCCAUGCCUGAUGUAGGCUUAAAUGUAAAAGGGCCUAAACUAGAGGGAGAUUUGAAAGGACCCAAAAUUGAUAUGAAAGGGCCAGAGGUUGAUGUAGCAGUUCCAGAUGUUGAGCUGGAGGGGCCAGAAGGAAAACUAAAAAUGCCAAAAUUUAAAAUGCCUAAGUUUGGUAUUCCUGGCUCAAAUGUGGAUGUUAAAGAUGUAGAUAUUAAACUUCCCAAAGGAGAAAUAGAUGUAUCAGUACCAAAGAUGGACAUCGGUGCCCCAGAGUUGGACUUUCAAUGCCCAGAGGGAAAAGUAAAAGGUUCCAAAUUUAAGAUGCCUUCACUGCAUAUGCCUGAUAUAGACUUCAAUCUUAAAGGUCCCAAACUGGAAGGUGAUUUAAAAGGCCCCAAAGUUGACAUGAAGGCUCCAGAAGUUAAUCUUGAGGCUCCAGAUGUAGAUUUUGAUGGAAAGGUGAAAGGUCCCAAAUUUAAGAUGCCUUCUAUGCCCAAGGUCUCCAUGUCUGAUGUAGGCUUAAAUGUAAAAGGGCCUAAAGUAGAGGGAGAAUUGAAAGGACCCAAAAUUGAUAUGAAAGGGCCAGAGGUUGAUGUAGCAAUUCCAGAUGUUGAGCUGGAGGGGCCAGAAGGGAAACUGAAAAUGCCUAAAUUUAAAAUGCCUAAGUUUGGGUUUUCUGGCUCAAAAGUGGAUAGUAAAGAUGUAGAUAUUAAACUUCCAGAAAGAGAAAUAGAUGUAUCAGGGCCAAAGGUGGACAUCAGUGCUCCUGACCUGAACAUGGAAUGCCCAGAGGGAAAAGUGAAAGGUCCCAAAUUUAAAAUGCCGUCACUGCAUAUGCCUGAUAUAGACCUCAAUCUUAAAGGUCCUAAAGUGGAAGGUGAUUUAAAAGGCCCCAAAGUUGACAUCAAAGCUCCAGAAGUAAAUCUUGAGGCCCCAGAUGUAGAUAUUGAUGGAAAGGUGAAAGGUUCUAAAUUUAAGAUGCCGUCACUGCAUAUGCCUGAUAUAGACUUAAAUCUUAAAGGUCCCAAAAUGGAAGGUGACUUAAAAGGCCCCAAAGUUGACAUCAAAGCAAUAGAAGCUAAUCUUGAGGCUCCAGAUAUAGAUAUUGAUGGAAAAGUGAAAGGUUCCAAAUUUAAGAUGCCUUCACUGCAUAUGCCUGAUAUAGACUUCAAUCUUAAAGGUCCUAAAGUGGAAGGUGAUUUAAAAGGCCCCAAAGUUGACUUCAAGGUUCCUGAAGUUAACCUUGAGGCUCCAGAUGUUGAUGGAAAGGUGAAAGGUCCUAAAUUUAAGAUGCCUUCACUGCAUAUGCCUGAUAUAGACUUAAAUCUUAAAGGUCCUAAAGUGGAAGGUGAUUUAAAAGGCCCCAAAGUUGACAUCAAGGCUCCAGAAGUAAAUCUUGAGGCUCCAGAUGUAGAUGUUGAUGGAAAGGUGAAAGGUCUCAAAUUUAAGAUGCCUUCUAUGCCCAAGGUCUCCAUGCCUGAUGUAGGCUUAAAUGUAAAAGGGCCUAAAGUAGAGGGAGAACUGAAAGGACCCAAAAUUGAUAUGAAAGGGCCAGAGGUUGAUGUAGCAAUUCCAGAUGUUGAGCUGGAGGGGCCAGAAGGGAAACUGAAAAUGCCUAAAUUUAAAAUGCCUAAGUUUGGGUUUUCUGGCUCAAAAGUGGAUGGUAAAGAAAUAGAUAUUAAACUUCCAGAAGGAGAAAUAGAUUUAUCAGGACCAAAGCUUGACAUCAGUGCCCCAGAGUUAGACAUAGAAUGCCCAGAGGGAAAAGUGAAGGGUUCCAAAUUUAAAAUGCCGUCACUGCAUAUGCCUGAUAUAGACUUCAAUCUUAAAGGUCCCAAACUGGAAGGUGACUUAAAAAGCCCAAAAGUUGACAUCAAGGCACCAGAAGUUAAUCUUGAGGCUCCAGCUGUAGAUAUUGAUGGUAAGGUGAAAGGUUCUAAAUUUAAGAUGCCAUCACUGCAUAUGCCUGAUAUAGACUUCAAUCUUAAAGGUCCUAAAGUGGAAGGUGAUUUAAAAGGCCCCAAAGUUGACAUCAGGGCUCCAGAAGUAAAUCUUGAGGCUCCAGAUGUAGAUAUUGAUGGAAAGGUGAAAGGUCCCAAAUUUAAGAUGCCUUCUAUGCCCAAGGUCUCCAUGCCUGAUCUAGGCUUAAAUGUAAAAGGGCCUAAAGUAGAGGGAGAAUUGAAAGGACCCAAAAUUGACAUGAAAGGGCCAGAGGUUGAUGUAGCAAUUCCAGAUGUUGAGCUGGAGGGACCAGAAGGGAAAUUGAAAAUGCCUAAAUUUAAAAUGCCUAAGUUUGGGUUUUCUGGCUCAAAAGUGGAUGGUAAAGAAAUAGAUAUUAAACUUCCAGAAGGAGAAAUAGAUUUAUCAGGACCAAAGCUUGACAUCAGUGCCCCAGAGUUAGACAUAGAAUGCCCAGAGGGAAAAGUGAAGGGUUCCAAAUUUAAAAUGCCGUCACUGCAUAUGCCUGAUAUAGACUUCAAUCUUAAAGGUCCCAAACUGGAAGGUGACUUAAAAAGCCCAAAAGUUGACAUCAAGGCACCAGAAGUUAAUCUUGAGGCUCCAGCUGUAGAUAUUGAUGGUAAGGUGAAAGGUUCUAAAUUUAAGAUGCCAUCACUGCAUAUGCCUGAUAUAGACUUCAAUCUUAAAGGUCCUAAAGUGGAAGGUGAUUUAAAAGGCCCCAAAGUUGACAUCAGGGCUCCAGAAGUAAAUUUUGAGGCUCCAGAUGUAGAUAUUGAUGGAAAGGUGAAAGGUCCCAAAUUUAAGAUGCCUUCUAUGCCCAAGGUCUCCAUGCCUGAUCUAGGCUUAAAUGUAAAAGGGCCUAAAGUAGAGGGAGAAUUGAAAGGACCCAAAAUUGACAUGAAAGGGCCAGAGGUCGAUGUAGAAAUUCCGGAUGUUGAGCUGGAGGGACCUGAAGGGAAAUUGAAAAUGCCUAAAUUUAAAAUGCCUAAGUUUGGGUUUUCUGGCUCAAAAGUAGAUGGAAAAGAUGUAGAUAUUAAACUUCCAGAAGGAGAAAUAGAUUUAUCAGCUCCAAAGGUAGACAUCAGUGCCCCUGAGUUAGACAUAGAAUGUCCAGAAGGAAAAGUGAAAGGUCCCAAAUUUAAGAUGCCGUCACUCCAUAUGCCUGAUAUAGACUUCAAUCUUAAAGGUCCCAAACUUGAUGGUGAUUUAAAAGGCCCCAAAGUUGACAUUAAGGCUCCUGAAGUUAACUUUGAGGCUCCAGAUGUUGAUGGAAAGGUGAAAGGUUCCAAAUUUAAAAUGCCGUCACUGCAUAUGCCUGAUAUAGACUUCAAUCUUAAAGGUCCUAAAGUGGAAGGUGAUUUAAAAGGCCCCAAAGUUGACAUCAAGGCUCCAGAAGUAAAUCUUGAGGCUCCAGAUGUAGAUGUUGAUGGAAAGGUGAAAGGUCCCAAAUUUAAGAUGCCUUCUAUGCCCAAGGUCUCCAUGCCUGAUGUAGGCUUAAAUGUAAAAGGGCCUAAAGUAGAGGGAGAACUGAAAGGACCCAAAAUUGAUAUGAAAGGGCCAGAGGUUGAUGUAGCAAUUCCAGAUGUUGAGCUGGAGGGGCCAGAAGGGAAACUGAAAAUGCCUAAAUUUAAAAUGCCUAAGUUUGGGUUUUCUGGCUCAAAAGUGGAUGGUAAAGAAAUAGAUAUUAAACUUCCAGAAGGAGAAAUAGAUGUAUCAGGACCAAAGCUUGACAUCAGUGUCCCAGAGUUAGACAUAGAAUGCCCAGAGGGAAAAGUGAAGGGUUCCAAAUUUAAAAUGCCAUCACUGCAUAUGCCUGAUAUAGACUUCAAUCUUAAAGGUCCCAAACUGGAAGGUGACUUAAAAAGCCCCAAAGUUGACAUCAAGGCACCAGAAGUUAAUCUUGAGGCUCCAGCUGUAGAUAUUGAUGGAAAGGUGAAAGGUUCCAAAUUUAAAAUGCCGUCACUGCAUAUGCCUGAUCUAGACUUCAAUCUUAAAGGUCCUAAAGUGGAAGGUGAUUUAAAAGGCCCCAAAGUUGACAUCAGUGCUCCAGAUGUAGAUAUUGAUGGAAAGGUGAAAGGUUCCAAAUUUAAAAUGCCGUCACUGCAUAUGCCUGAUAUAGACUUCAAUCUUAAAGGUCCUAAAGUGGAAGGUGAUUUAAAAGGCCCCAAAGUUGACAUCAAUGCUCCAGAAGUAAAGCUUGAGGGUCCAGAUGUAGAUAUUGAUGGAAAGGUGAAAGGUUCCAAAUUUAAAAUGCCGUCACUGCAUAUGCCUGAUCUAGACUUCAAUCUUAAAGGUCCUAAAGUGGAAGGUGAUUUAAAAGGCCCCAAAGUUGACAUCAGUGCUCCAGAUGUAGAUAUUGAUGGAAAGGUGAAAGGUUCCAAAUUUAAAAUGCCGUCACUGCAUAUGCCUGAUAUAGACUUCAAUCUUAAAGGUCCUAAAGUGGAAGGUGAUUUAAAAGGCCCCAAAGUUGACAUCAAUGCUCCAGAAGUAAAGCUUGAGGGUCCAGAUGUAGAUAUUGAUGGAAAGGUGAAAGGUUCCAAAUUUAAAAUGCCGUCACUGCAUAUGCCUGAUCUAGACUUCAAUCUUAAAGGUCCUAAAGUGGAAGGUGAUUUUAAAGGCCCCAAAGUUGACAUCAGUGCUCCAGAUGUAGAUAUUGAUGGAAAGGUGAAAGGUUCCAAAUUUAAAAUGCCGUCACUGCAUAUGCCUGAUAUAGACUUCAAUCUUAAAGGUCCUAAAGUGGAAGGUGAUUUAAAAGGCCCCAAAGUUGACAUCAGUGCUCCAGAAGUAAAUCUUGAGGCUCCAGAUGUAGAUGUUGAUGGAAAGGUGAAAGGUCCUAAAUUUAAGAUGCCCUCUAUGCCCAAGGUCUCCAUGCCUGAUGUAGGCUUAAAUGUAAAAGGUCCUAAAGUAGAGGGAGAACUGAAAGGCCCCAAAAUUGAUAUGAAAGGGCCAGAGGUUGAUGUAGCAAUUCCAGAUGUUGAGCUGGAGGGGCCAGAAGGGAAACUGAAAAUGCCUAAAUUUAAAAUGCCUAAGUUUGGGUUUUCUGGCUCAAAAUUGGAUGGUAAAGAUAUAGAUAUUAAACUUCCAGAAGGAGAAAUAGAUUUAUCAGCACCAAAGGUAGACAUCAGUGCCCCAGAGUUAGACAUAGAAUGUCCAGAAGGAAAAGUGAAAGGUCCCAAAUUUAAGAUGCCUUCACUGCAUAUGCCUGAUAUAGACUUCAAUCUUAAAGGUCCCAAACUGGAAGGUGAUCUAAAAGGCCCCAAAGUUGACAUCAAGGCUCCUGAAGUUAACUUUGAGGCUCCAGAUGUUGAUGGAAAGGUGAAAGGUUCCAAAUUUAAAAUGCCGUCACUGCAUAUGCCUGAUAUAGACUUCAAUCUUAAAGGUCCUAAAGUGGAAGGUGAUUUAAAAGGCCCCAAAGUUGACAUCAAGGCUCCAGAAGUAAAUCUUGAGGCUCCAGAUGUAGAUGUUGAUGGAAAGGUGAAAGGUCCUAAAUUUAAGAUGCCCUCUAUGCCCAAGGUCUCCAUGCCUGAUGUAGGCUUAAAUGUAAAAGGUCCUAAAGUAGAGGGAGAACUGAAAGGACCCAAAAUUGAUAUGAAAGGGCCAGAGGUUGAUGUAGCAAUUCCAGAUGUUGAGCUGGAGGGGCCAGAAGGGAAACUGAAAAUGCCUAAAUUUAAAAUGCCUAAGUUUGGGUUUUCUGGCUCAAAAGUGGAUGGUAAAGAUAUAGAUAUUAAACUUCCAGAAGGAGAAAUAGAUUUAUCAGCACCAAAGGUAGACAUCAGUGCCCCAGAGUUAGACAUAGAGUGUCCAGAAGGAAAAGUGAAAGGUCCCAAAUUUAAGAUGCCUUCACUGCAUAUGCCUGAUAUAGACUUCAAUCUUAAAGGUCCCAAACUGGAAGGUGAUCUAAAAGGCCCCAAAGUUGACAUCAAGGCUCCUGAAGUUAACCUUGAGGCUCCAGAUGUUGAUGGAAAGGUGAAAGGUCCCAAAUUUAAGAUGCCUUCUGUGCCCAAGGUUUCUAUGCCUGAUCUAGGUUUAAAUGUAAAAGGGCCUAAAGUAGAGGGAGAAUUGAAAGGACCCAAUAUUGAUAUGAAAGGGCCAGAGGUUGAUGUAGCAGUUCCAGAUGUUGAGCUGGAGGGACCAGAAGGGAAACUGAAAAUGCCUAAAUUUAAAAUGCCAUCAGUGAAUGUUAAUUUACCUAAAGUGCCAGAUGUUGAUUUCAAUAUAAAAUCCCCAAAGUGGAAGGGAGGGGCAGAUAUUUCAGGACCCAAAUUGGAAGGAGAUGUGAGGGGGCUAGAUGUUGAAAUAAAAAGUCCAGAAAUUGAUAUUGAUGUUCCUGAUUUAGAUAUAGGUGGGCCAGAAGCUAAAGUUAAAAAUAAAAAAUCUAGAUUUCAUAUGCCAAAGUUUGGUUUCUCAAGCUCCAAAGCAGAAGCCCCAGAUGUAGAUGUUAAACUACCAAAAACCAACCUGAAUGUUUCAGGUCCGAAAGUUAACAUCGACACACCAACACUUGAUAUUGAGGGUCCAGAAGCAAAAGUCAAGGGGACAAAAUUUAAAAUGCCUUCAAUUCCAAAAAUGUCCAUACCUGAUGUUGAUCUAAAUAUUAAAAGUCCCAAGUGGAAAGGAACAGAUAUUUCAGGACCUAAAAUUGAAGGAGAGUUAAAGGGUCCUGAAAUAGAUAUUAAAGCGCCAAAGGUUGAGCUUGAUUCACCUACUUUAGAUAUAGAAAGUCCUGAAGGAAAAGGGAAGCUAAAAAUGCCAAAAUUUAAGAUGCCUAAGUUUGGGUUUUCUGGCUCAAAAGUGGAGGGUAAAGAUGUAGAUAUUACACUUCCAGAAGGAGAGAUGGAUGUAUCAGGACCAAAGGUGGACAUCAGUGCCCCUGAUUUAGACAUAGAAUGCCCAGAGGGAAAAGUAAAAGGUCCCAAAUUUAAAAUGCCAUCACUUCAUAUGCCUGAUUUAGACUUCAAUCUUAAAGGUCCUAAAGUGGAAGGUGAUUUAAAAGGCCCCAAAGUUGACAUCAAUGCACCAGAAGUAAAUCUUGAGGCUCCAGAUAUAGGUAUUGAUGGAAAUGUGAAAGGUUCCAAAUUCAAGAUGCCGUCACUGCAUAUGCCUGAUAUAGACUUCAAUCUUAAAGGUCCUAAAGUGGAAGGUGAUUUAAAAGGCCCCAAAGUUGACAUCAAUGCUCCAGAAGUAAAUCUUGAGGCUCCAGAUGUAGAUAUUGAUGGAAAGGUGAAAGGUUCCAAAUUUAAAAUGCCGUCACUGCAUAUGCCUGAUAUAGACUUCAAUCUUAAAGGACCUAAAGUCGAAGGUGAUUUAAAAGGCCCUAAAGUUGACAUCAAUGCUCCAGAAGUAAAUCUUGAGGCUCCAGAUGUAGAUAUUGAUGGAAAGGUGAAAGGUUCCAAAUUUAAAAUGCCGUCACUGCAUAUGCCUGAUAUAGACUUCAAUCUUAAAGGUCCUAAAGUGGAAGGUGAUUUAAAAGGCCCCAAAGUUGACAUCAAUGCUCCAGAAGUAAAUCUUGAGGCUCUGGAUGUAGAUAUUGAUGGAAAGGUGAAAGGUCCCAAAUUUAAGAUGCCUUCAGUGCCCAAGGUCUCCAUGCCUGAUCUAGGCUUUAAUAUAAAAGGGCCUAAAAUGGAGGGAGAAUUGAAAGGACCCAAUAUUGAUAUGAAAGGGCCAGAGGCUGAAGUAGCAAUUCCAGAUGUUGAGCUAGAGGGGCCAGAAGGGAGACUGAAAAUGCCAAAAUUUAAAAUGCCCAAGUUUGGGUUUUCCGGCCUAAAAGCAGAUGGUAAAGAUGUAGACAUUUCACUUCCAGAAGGAGAAAUAGAUAUAUCAGGACCAAAGGUAGACAUCAGUGCCCCUAAGUUAGACAUAGAAUGUCCAGAGGGAAAAGUGAAAGGUCCCAAAUUUAAAAUGCCAUCACUGCAUAUGCCUGAUAUAGACUUAAAUCUUAAAGGUCCUAAAGUGGAAGGUGAUUUAAAGGGCCCCAAAGUUGACAUCAAUGCUCCAGAAAUAAAUCUUGAGGCUCCAGAUGUAGAUAUUGAUGGUAAGGUGAAAGGUUCUAAAUUUAAGAUGCCAUCACUGCAUAUGCCUGAUUUAGACUUCAAUCUUAAAGGUCCUAAAAUGGAAGGUGAUUUAAAAGGCCCCAAAGUUGACAUCAAGGCUCCAAAAGUAAAUCUUGAGGCUCCAGAUGUAGAUUUUGAUGGAAAGGUGAAAGGUCCCAAAUUUAAGAUGCCUUCUAUGCCCAAAGUGUCCAUGCCUGAUCUAGGCUUAAAUAUAAAAGGGCCUAAAAUGGAAGGAGAAUUGAAAGGACCCAAAAUUGAUAUGAAAGGGCCAGAGGUUGAUGUGGCAAUUCCAGAUGUUGAGCUUGAGGGGCCAGAAGGAAAAAUGAAAAUGCCUAAAUUUAAAAUGCCCAAGUUUGGGUUUUCUGGCUCAAAAGUGGAUGGUAAAGAAAUAGAUAUUAAACUUCCAGAAGGAGAAAUAGAUGUAUCAGGGCCAAAGGUGGACAUCAGUGCUCCUGACCUGAACAUGGAAUGCCCAGAGGGAAAAGUGAAAGGUCCCAAAUUUAAAAUGCCGUCACUGCAUAUGCCUGAUAUAGACCUCAAUCUUAAAGGUCCUAAAGUGGAAGGUGAUUCAAAAGGCCCCAAAGUUGACAUCAAAGCUCCAGAAGUAAAUCUUGAGGCCCCAGAUGUAGAUAUUGAUGGAAAGGUGAAAGGUUCUAAAUUUAAGAUGCCGUCACUGCAUAUGCCUGAUCUAGACUUCAAUCUUAAAGGUCCUAAAGUGGAAGGUGAUUUAAAAGGCCCCAAAGUUGACAUCAAUGCUCCAGAAGUAAAUCUUGAGGCUCCAGAUGUAGAUAUUGAUGGUAAGGUGAAAGGUUCUAAAUUUAAGAUGCCGUCACUGCAUAUGCCUGAUUUAGACUUCAAUCUUAAAGGUCCUAAAGUGGAAGGUGAUUUAAAAGGCCCCAAAGUUGACAUCAAUGCUCCAGAAGUAAAUCUUGAGGCUCCAGAUGUAGAUAUUGAUGGUAAGGUGAAAGGUUCUAAAUUUAAGAUGCCGUCACUGCAUAUGCCUGAUUUAGACUUCAAUCUUAAAGGUCCUAAAGUGGAAGGUGAUUUAAAAGGCCCCAAAGUUGAGAUCAAGGCUCCAAAAGUAAAUCUUGAGGCUCCAGAUGUAGAUGUUGAUGGAAAGGUGAAAGGUCCCAAAUUUGAGAUGCCUUCUAUGCCCAAGGUCUCUAUGCCUGAUCUAGGCUUAAAUAUAAAAGGGCCUAAAAUGGAGGGAGAAUUGAAAGGACCCAAAAUUGAUAUGAAAGGGCCAGAGUUUGAUGUAGCAAUUCCAGAUGUUGAGCUUGAGGGGCCAGAAGGAAAACUGAAAAUGCCAAAAUUUAAAAUGCCUAAGUUUGGGUUUUCUGGUCUAAAAGCAGAUGGUAAAGAUGUAGAUAUUUCACUUCCAGAAGGAGAAAUAGAUAUAUCAGGACCAAAGGUAGACAUCAGUGCCCCUGAGUUAGACAUAGAAUGCCCAGAGGGAAAAGUGAAAGGUCCCAAAUUUAAGAUGCCAUCACUGCAUAUGCCUGAUAUAGACUUCAAUCUUAAAGGUCCCAAACUGGAAGGUGACUUAAAAGGUCCAAAAGUUGACAUCCAGGCACCAGAUGUUAAUCUUGAGGCUCCAGAUGUAGAUAUAGAUGGAAAGGUGAAAGGUCCCAAAUUUAAGAUGCCUUCUAUGCCCAAGGUCUCCAUGCCUGAUCUAGGCUUAAAUAUAAAAGGGCCUAAAAUGGAGGGAGAAUUGAAAGGACCCAACAUUGAUAUGAAAGGGCCAGAGGUUGAUGUAGCAAUUCCAGAUGUUGAGCUUGAGGGGCCAGAAGGAAAACUUAAAAUGCCAAAAUUUAAAAUGCCUAAGUUUGGGUUUUCUGGUCUAAAAGCAGAUGGUAAAGAUGUAGAUAUUUCACUUCCAGAAGGAGAAAUAGAUAUAUCAGGACCAAAGGUAGACAUCAGUGCUCCUGAGUUAGACAUAGAAUGCCCAGAGGGAAGAGUGAAAGGUCCCAAAUUUAAGAUGCCUUCACUGCAUAUGCCUGAUAUAGACUUCAAUCUUAAAGGUCCCAAACUGGAAGGUGAUUUAAAAGCCCCCAAAGUUGACAUCAAGGCUCCUGAAGUUAACCUUGAGGCUCCAGAUGUAGAUUUUGAUGGAAAAAUAAAAGGUCCGAAAUUUAAAAUGCCCUCGAUAGGCGUAAGUUUACCAAAAGUUUCUAUUCCUGAGACUGAUCAUAAUGUAAAAGGACCAAAAUUUAAGGGUGAUAUAGACUUACCAGAGGUAAAUUUGGAAGCCGACUUAAAGCCUACUAAAGUUAAAACGAAAGAUCCUGAAGUUAAGUUCCCAAGCUCAGGUGUGUCUGUUGAGGUUCCAGAUUCGAAAAUCAAGGGCCCAAAGUUUAAACUGCCCUCUUGGGGAUUUUCUAAACCUAGUAAUUCUGGCACAGAAAUUGACAUGAAAGGACCUAAGAUCAAAGGUGAUGUUGAUCUUUCUGUUUCCAAAGGAAGUAGUCUGAAAGGCUCUGAUUUAACAGUUAGUGGCCCUAAUAUAGACCUUGAAAUGCCCGAGGGUAAAGUGAAAAAAUCUAAAUUUAAAUUUCCUAAAUUUAAUUUUUCAAGCCCCAAAGCACAAAUACCAGAAACAGAUGUAAAGAUUGCAAACACAGACUUAGAAGUAAGUUCUCCUAAGUUCAAAAUGCCAUCAUUAAAUAUAAAAAGUCCAAAAGUUUCCAUGCCAGAUGUUGAAUUAAACUUAAAAGGCCCAAAGAUUAAAGGAGACAUGGAUGUCAUGGUUCCAAAAGUUGAAGGUGAUAUUAAAGAUCUGAAAGCUGAUAUUCAUUGUCCAGAGGUUGAUCUUAAUGCACCAGAAGUUAACAUUGAUGGUAAAGUAAAAGGCCACAAAUUUAAAAUGCCUUCAGUGCAUGUGCCUGAAGUGUCCAUGCCUGAUUUCGGCUUAAAUGUAAAAGGGCCUAAAGUAGAGGGAGAACUGAAAGGACCCAAAAUUGAUAUGAAAGGGCCAGAGGUUGAUGUGGCAAUUCCAGAUGUUGAGCUUGAGGGGCCAGAAGGAAAACUGAAAAUGCCUAAAUUUAAAAUGCCUACGUUUGGGUUUUCUGGCUCAAAAGUGAAGGGUAAAGAUAUAGAUAUUGCACUUCCAGAAGGAGAAAUAGACGUAUCCGUACCAAAGCUGGACAUCAGUGCCCCAGAGUUAGACAUAGAAUGCCCAGAGGGAAAAGUGAAAGGUCCCAAUUUUAAAAUGCCAUCACUGCAUAUGCCUGAUAUAGACUUCAAUCUUAAAGGUCCUAAAGUGGAAGGUGAUUUAAAAGGCCCCAAAGUUGACAUAAGUGCUCCAGAUGUAGAUAUUGAUGGAAAGGUGAAAGGUUCCAAAUUUAAAAUGCCGUCACUGCAUAUGCCUGAUAUAGACUUCAAUCUUAAAGGUCCUAAAGUGGAAGGUGAUUUAAAAGGCCCCAAAGUUGACAUCAAUGCUCCAGAAGUAAAGCUUGAGGGUCCAGAUGUAGAUAUUGAUGGAAAGGUGAAAGGUUCCAAAUUUAAAAUGCCGUCACUGCAUAUGCCUGAUCUAGACUUCAAUCUUAAAGGUCCUAAAGUGGAAGGUGAUUUAAAAGGCCCCAAAGUUGACAUCAGUGCUCCAGAUGUAGAUAUUGAUGGAAAGGUGAAAGGUUCCAAAUUUAAAAUGCCGUCACUGCAUAUGCCUGAUAUAGACUUCAAUCUUAAAGGUCCUAAAGUGGAAGGUGAUUUAAAAGGCCCCAAAGUUGACAUCAGUGCUCCAGAAGUAAAUCUUGAGGCUCCAGAUGUAGAUAUUGAUGGAAAGGUGAAAGGUUCCAAAUUUAAAAUGCCGUCACUGCAUAUGCCUGAUCUAGACUUCAAUCUUAAAGGUCCUAAAGUGGAAGGUGAUUUAAAAGGCCCCAAAGUUGACAUCAGUGCUCCAGAUGUAGAUAUUGAUGGAAAGGUGAAAGGUUCCAAAUUUAAAAUGCCGUCACUGCAUAUGCCUGAUCUAGACUUCAAUCUUAAAGGUCCUAAAGUGGAAGGUGAUUUAAAAGGCCCCAAAGUUGACAUCAGUGCUCCAGAAGUAAAUCUUGAGGCUCCAGAUGUAGAUAUUGAUGGAAAGGUGAAAGGUUCCAAAUUUAAAAUGCCGUCACUGCAUAUGCCUGAUAUAGACUUCAAUCUUAAAGGUCCUAAAGUGGAAGGUGAUUUAAAAGGCCCCAAAGUUGACAUCAGUGCUCCAGAAGUAAAUCUUGAGGCUCCAGAUGUAGAUAUUGAUGGAAAGGUGAAAGGUUCCAAAUUUAAAAUGCCGUCACUGCAUAUGCCUGAUCUAGACUUCAAUCUUAAAGGUCCUAAAGUGGAAGGUGAUUUAAAAGGCCCAAAAGUUGACAUUAAUGCUCCAGAAGUAAAUCUUGAGGCUCCAGAUGUAGAUGGAAAGGUGAAAGGUCCCAAAUUUAAGAUGCCUUCUAUGCCCAAGGUCUCCAUGCCUGAUCUAGGCUUAAACGUAAAAGGGCCUAAAGUAGAGGGAGAAUUGAAAGGACCCAAAAUUGACAUGAAAGGGCCAGAGGUCGAUGUAGAAAUUCCAGAUGUUGAGCUAGAGGGGCCAGAAGGAAAACUGAAAAUGCCUAAAUUUAAAAUGCCUACGUUUGGGUUUUCCGGCCCAAAAGUGAAGGGUAAAGAUAUAGAUAUUGCACUUCCAGAAGGAGAAAUAGAUGUAUCAGGACCAAAGCUUGACAUCAGUGCCCCAGAGUUAGACAUAGAAUGCCCAGAGGGAAAAGUGAAAGGUCCCAAAUUUAAAAUGCCAUCACUGCAUAUGCCUGAUAUAGACUUCAAUCUUAAAGGUCCUAAAGUGGAAGGUGAUUUAAAAGGCCCCAAAGCUGACAUCAGGGCUCCAGAAGUAAAUCUUGAGGCUCCAGAUGUAGAUAUUGAUGGAAAGGUGAAAGGUUCCAAAUUUAAGAUGCCAUCACUGCAUAUGCCUGAUUUAGACUUUAAUCUUAAAGGUCCUAAAGUGGAAGGUGAUUUAAAAGGCCCCAAAGUUGACAUCAGGGCUCCAGAAGUAAAUCUUGAGGCUCCAGAUGUAGAUAUUGAUGGAAAGGUGAAAGGUUCCAAAUUUAAGAUGCCAUCACUGCAUAUGCCUGAUUUAGACUUUAAUCUUAAAGGUCCUAAAGUGGAAGGUGAUUUAAAAGGCCCCAAAGUUGACAUCAGGGCUCCAGAAGUAAAUCUUGAGGCUCCAGAUGUAGAUAUUGAUGGAAAGGUGAAAGGUUCCAAAUUUAAGAUGCCGUCACUGCAUAUGCCUGAUAUAGACUUCAAUCUUAAAGGUCCUAAAGUGGAAGGUGAUUUAAAAGGCCCCAAAGUUGACAUCAGGGCUCCAGAAGUAAAUCUUGAGGCUCCAGAUGUAGAUAUUGAUGGAAAGGUGAAAGGUUCCAAAUUUAAGAUGCCAUCACUGCAUAUGCCUGAUUUAGACUUUAAUCUUAAAGGUCCUAAAGUGGAAGGUGAUUUAAAAGGCCCCAAAGUUGACAUCAGGGCUCCAGAAGUAAAUCUUGAGGCUCCAGAUGUAGAUAUUGAUGGAAAGGUGAAAGGUUCCAAAUUUAAGAUGCCAUCACUGCAUAUGCCUGAUUUAGACUUUAAUCUUAAAGGUCCUAAAGUGGAAGGUGAUUUAAAAGGCCCCAAAGUUGACAUCAGGGCUCCAGAAAUAAAUCUUGAGGCUCCAGAUGUAGAUAUUGAUGGAAAGGUGAAAGGUUCCAAAUUUAAGAUGCCAUCACUGCAUAUGCCUGAUUUAGACUUCAAUUUUAAAGGUCCUAAAGUGGAAGGUGAUUUAAAAGGUCCCAAAGUUGAUUUCAAGGCUCCAGAAGUAAAUCUUGAGGCUCCAGAUGUAGAUAUUGAUGGAAAGGUGAAAGGUUCCAAAUUUAAGAUGCCGUCACUGCAUAUGCCUGAUCUAGACUUCAAUCUUAAAGGUCCUAAAGUGGAAGGUGAUUUAAAAGGCCCUAAAGUUGAUAUCAAGGCUCCAGAAGUAAAUCUUGAGGCUCCAGAUGUAGAUGUUGAUGGAAAGGUGAAAGGUCCCAAAUUUCAGAUGCCUUCUAUGCCCAAGGUCUCCAUGCCUGAUCUAGGCUUAAAUAUAAAAGGGCCUAAAAUGGAGGGAGAAUUUAAAGGACCCAAAAUUGAUAUGAAAGGGCCACAGGUUGAUGUAGCAAUUCCAGAUGUUGAGCUGGAGGGGCCAGAAGGGAAACUGAAAAUGCCAAAAUUUAAAAUGCCUAAAUUUGGGUUUUCUGGCUCAAAAGUAGAUGGUAAAGAUGUAGAUAUUAAACUUCCCGAAGGAGAAAUAGAUGUAUCAGGGCCAAAGGUGGACAUCAGUGCCCCAGAGUUAGACAUAGAAUGCCCAGAGGGAAAAUUGAAAGGUUCUAAAUUUAAGAUGCCUUCACUGCAUAUGCCUGAUAUAGACUUAAAUCUUAAAAGUCCCAAACUGGAAGGUGACUUAAAAGACCCCAAAGUUGACAUCAAGGCUCCAGAAAUUAAUCUUGAGGCUCCAGAUGUAGAUAUGGAUGGAAAGGUGAAAGGUCCGAAAUUUAAGAUGCCUUCUGUACCCAAGGUAUCUAUGCCUGAUCUAGGCCUAAAUGUAAAAGGGCCUAAAGUAGAGGGAGAAUUGAAAGGACCCAAAAUUGAUAUGAAAGGGCCAGAGGUUGAUGUAGCAAUUCCAGAUGUUGAGCUCGAGGGGCCAGAAGGGAAACUAAAAAUGCCAAAAUUUAAAAUGCCUAAGUUUGGGUUUUCUGGCUCAAAAGUGGAUGGUAAAGAUGUAGAUAUUGAACUUCCAGAAGCUGAUCUGAGUGCUUCGGGACCAAAGGUCGACAUCAGUGCACCAAAGUUUAAUAUUAAAGGUUUAGAAGGGAAGGUGAAAGGUCCCAAAGUUGAGAUGCCUUCGGUGAAUCUAGCCACGCAUGAUGUACACUUAAAUUUGAAAGGCCCUAAACUAGAAGGUCAAGGCAUUGACCCAAAAGGUCCAGAAGGAAACAUUGACAUUGCUAUUCCUAAAACAGGAUUAGACAUUAAGGCACCAGAUGUCAGUCUUCCAAGUACAGGAUUGGAUAUUGAGGGCCCUGAAGGAAAUUUUAAAAUGCCUAAGGUAAAGAAACCAAAAUUUGGUUUUGGAAUGAAAUCCCCUAAAGCAGAUAUUAAUGUACCAGCAGUAGAUAUCGGCACACCAGAUGUUGAAGUAAAUGCAGAAAUGCCUGAAAUAGGUGUUGCAGGUAAGGGAAAGAAAGGCAAGUUAAAAAUGCCCAAAAUUCACAUGAGUGGCCCAAAAAUCAAAGGCAAGAAAGGUGGUUUUGAUGUGAACACUCCAGAAUUAGAUAGUGAGGUAUCCAUGAAAACUCCCAAUGCCGACAUAAGCAUAUCCGGCGGAGAUGCAACCAUAAAAUCAGAUAUUGGCAUAAAGGGAACGAAAACUCGCAAACCCCUUUUUGGCAAAAUUCAUUUCCCUGAUGUUGAAUUUGACAUAAAAUCACCAAAACUAAAGGGAGAUGCAUCCCUUCCUAGUCCUAAGGCAGACAUAAAGACAUCAGAUUUGCACAUAGGAGGUGAAAUUAAUACACAAGAAGUAGAAGUAUCCUCUACAGGUUUAGACAUUGGAGAACUUGAUGUGAAGAGUAAGAAAUCCAAAAUCAAACUUCCAGCUUUUAGCAUGUCUGGGGCAAAAGUAGAAUAUGGGCAUGAUACUUCUCUCCCAAAGGACAGCAUAAACGUAUCAGGUUUAAAGCUUGAAGGAGAUAUUAAAGCUUCUGGAACUGAUGCAAGUUUAAGGAAACUAGAUGCAGACCUCUCUAGUUCCUCUUUUGGGGGAGAUCUGAGCCUGGAAGGACCCAAAAUUCAAAUGCCCUCUGUUAGUAUUUUGGAUCCAAAUGUUUCUUUCCCUGAUUCUGAUUUAAAUGUGACAGGACCAAAGAUUGGUUGCGGUUUACGUGUAGCCAGUGACUUUACAAAUUCUGAUGCUAGUGGAUCAUUGUUACAUGGAGAUGCUGCAGGCCUUAAAUUCAACAUGGGCAAACCAGAUAUUAAUUUAAAAGGGCAAGAUCUGAGCUUGAAAGGAAAUCUGGAAGGACAGUUUAAAGGACCACAAAGUAUAGAUGUGGCAGGGGCAAAAGUAGGAGGCUUGGUACAGGGUGGUGUAGAUGGUCAUUUUGGUGCAAGUGGAAUAUCAGCAGAUACAGAAAGCUCAGCAGUUAAAAUUUCAUUUCCUCGACUCUUAAUGCCUAAGUUUACAGGACCUGAACACCUUGGGAGGGAAAUGGGGGUUGACGUAGACUUUCCUAAAGUAGAAACUACAAAUUUAAGCCAGGCUGAUCAUGAAUUAGAAGAGGGUGACAUAAAAAUAAAAAAGUCCAAGAUAAAAAUGCCUAAAUUUAACUUUUCAAAAGCAAAGGGUAAAGGUGAAUAUAAUCUUCCAGAUGUCUCAGUGUCUGGAUCAAAGGGUGAUCUGAAGAGUUCAAAGGCCAGUUUGGGCUCAGCUGAAGGUGCAGUAGGCUCAGCUGGUAUGGAGGUAGUAAGUGAAAGGGUCAUCUCAUCUAGGGAGAAGUCACCAAAAUAUGAAUUUUCUUUAUUUACAAGCAAAAAGCCAAGACAUAGGUCUUCCUCCAUGAGUGAGGAGAUAGAGGGAGCUAUGCAGUCUUCACCAAGUGGUACACUGGAGCUUGACAGUGGUGGUAUGUCGCUGGAAGGUGGAAAGAAAAAGGGGAAACAUUCAAAGAUCAAAUUUGGCACCUUUGGAGGUUUGGGUUCAAAGUCAAAGGGUUCUUAUGAGGUCACUUUGAGUGAUGAUGAAAAUGUUCAGGGGAGUGGGGCAUCUCUGUCUUCGCGCAAGUCCAGGGUCUCCUCUUCCUCAAGCAAUGACAGUGGCACCAAAGCAGGUGUGAAAUUGCCAAAGGUUGAAUUAACUGUUGCAAAAAAGAAACAGUAGAAUGUUUUAUUUCCCUUCCUAAAAUCAUGUAUAUAAAUAUAUAUAUCUGUGUGUUUGUACAUACAUUUUUGAAGCCUUUAUAUAAUGCUAAACUUCUUGACUAAACAGUAGUUGAAAUUUUUAGAGCUCACAAAAUAAAAAAUAAAAUAGAAGAAUUAUCAGCUCUCUAAUGAAUUCCAUACACACUCUAAAGCUUUGCCUGCCAAAGAUGCUUCUGCUUCCGAGUCUCUCUGGCAGGUGAGACCAUUGAUUAUUUUGUUAUAAUAAGUUUGUACAUGGAAAUAUAUUUUUCCAUAUUUUUUAACUUGCUUUUAAAGCUUUAUUUUCUUUAAGGGCCUAUACAGAUUACAUACAAUCUGAUUUAUUGAAGACACUGUAUCUCUGAGUGAGCCACUGGGAAAGAAUCAAAGCAGAAUGUAAAGCAGCCGUAUUAACUGUUGUUGCAGACAUAUAUACAUUUGAAUGUUAGAUGGUGACUAUUUAAAAUGUAGGUGCCAUUUAAAACAUACCAACAUGAACAUAAAAGUUCUGUAAUGAUCUCAGACUAUUACUGCUGCUUAAAAUAUGUUGCACUUAGGUUAAUGGCACAUGGUUCAUGUGAAUAGGAAACAAGCUAUGUAUGCUGUCAGGCAAGGAUUGCUUAGUAAUGCCAAGGUGCCAGUUCCAGUAUUUGCAUUUGGCAGCUUGUUUACCAUUUAUAUGAAUGGGAAUCUGCAGCAGGAGAGAAGAGGCUCCUUGACUGGCCAUGGUCCAUUAACCUAAGGUUUACACAUUUUAUGGGAGACACUGUGAUGUGUCCCAAUGCUAAAGCUCAUAAUGCCUAAAUAUUUUCAAUCUGCUUAGCCCUUUCCCAGUCUGGCUCAAUUUGUUAUUUGUGAUAUUUUUGUCAUCAACUAUCUCAACUGCCGCUUGUUUAUGUUCUUCAUUAUUUAGGGGGUGGUGAGAAGUAACCUUAGCUUACAUUUCUGUUAAUAAAACAAAAAACACAAGGAAAAAAAAACAUUUUAACUUCAAAAAUCUGUAAGCACUUUAAUGUCCAAAGCAUUAAGAAGUGUGAAGCGGUGGAUUGUUUCUGAGCAAAAUAAAGCUUCUGACCUUUAAAA